AUGCACAAUGAACAUGAAAGCACUGAGUCACAGCAUCACGACAUAAUUGAAUACAAAAAAGAUACAUCCAUUAAAACGAAUGAUCAGAGAGAAGACAUUUCUGUAAAGAACAUGUCACAAACUACAGCUCAAGAUACUAACUACAUGCUUAACCAGCAAAACUUCCCUGUAAUUCUUCCUUCUCAACAUUCAAUAACCUCUCCUUUCACACCACACACUACAUCUUUUUCGUCACAUAACCUCGGAAUCAGCGCAUAUCCAACCAAUUCAUCUACAACAGCGGGAUACACAGAAAUUAGUGCACCAGGGCUUAUAGACUCACAAUUUUCUAUUUUUCCUCAAUUUUACAGCAACAUUUCUCUUCCAUCUAAUAUUCCUAAACUAGGAAGAACUGUGUACAUUGGAAAUAUUCCUAGUGAAACAACAGUGAAUGAGAUUCUAUCACAAGUUAAAACCGGACCAAUUGAAUCAGUUCGACUUCUUCCAGACAAAAAUUGUGCAUUUAUAUCAUUUCUAGACGCAUCUCCUGCAACUUUAUUUUACGAAGAAGCAAUCAUAAAAAAAUUAAGCUUUCAUGGUAAAGAAGCAAAAAUUGGUUGGGGAAAACCGAGCUCUGUGUCUUCAACAGUAAUGUUAGCGGUCCAACAAUCAGGUGCAACAAGAAAUGUUUAUCUAGGGAAUCUUCCAGAAAACAUUACAGAAGAAGAAAUAAGAGAAGAUUUAAGCAAAUUUGGAACAAUCGAUCAAAUUAAAAUCAUUAAAAAUAAAGGAAUCGGGUUUGUUCAUUUUCUUAACAUAUCUAAUGCAAUGAAAGCUGUCCAACAGCUUCCUAUGGAGCAUAAAUGGUCAAAUCGUAAAAUAUCUUACGGAAAAGAUCGAUGUGCACAACCUUUCAAACAACAGCACACAGUCUCUCAAGACCCUAUUUUAUUGAAUAAUAUUAAUACAAAUCAAUUAACAUCCCAAAUGGCUUCCAUGAACUUAAUUAUUCCUAAUUAUCCAAGUUAUCAGGAUUUAGGGCAUUCUAGCACUAACUCUCAAUCUAUAGUUGGAAACAGAACUGUUUAUCUAGGAAAUAUCCAUCCGGAAACAACUGUAGAAGAAAUUUGUAAUGCUGUUAGAGGAGGAAUCUUGCAUCAAAUUAAAUACUUUCCUGAAAAACAUAUUUGCUUUGUCACGUUUGUUAGUCCAGCUUCAUCAAUAUUAUUUUACAACAUAUCCAUUAUUCAUGGUUUAAUCAUUCAUAAUCGAAAAAUAAAAGUGGGGUUUGGAAAACAUUCUGGCCUUUUACCGUCAUCUAUUGCAAUUGCUGUUGCUUCAGGCGCAACUAGAAAUAUUUAUAUUGGAAAUAUUAAUGAAAAUGUAACCAUAGUUAAGCUUAAAAAAGACUUUUCUCAAUGGGGAGAAACAGAGUUGGUUAACAUACUAAAAGAGAAGAAUUGUGCUUUUGUAAAUUUCACAAAUAUAGGGGAUGCAAUAAGAGCCAUUGAAGGCAUAAAAUCCAAAGAAGAUUAUAAAAAGUUUAGAAUUAACUUCGGCAAAGACAGAUGUGGAAAUCCUCCAAAACAGAUCAUUAACCAUAAUGAUAAAAUACCAUUAUCUCAGCCUAAAAUUCCACAUACAAGCUAUAAUAUGUUUCCUUCACUAGAACCUCAAUAUACUACAAAUAUCGUAGAAACAACACAUCCAGAGCAGAAGUUUCAAAAUGAAAUUCCGUAUUAUACCAAUUUUCCUCUAAAUGAAAACAAUAGCAAUAUUAAUGCACAUGAAAAGCCUCUCUCGCCUUUAUUAUACAACUUGAUACCUUAUAACGAUACUUCAACUAAUGACAAUAGCCAGCUGACAUAUGGAAUAACAUUUAAUCACAAAAUAAAUAAAGCCAAAUAG